AUGGAGGAGAAUGUAGAAAAUGAAACCGAUUCACAACAACAACAACAACAAGAUAAAUCACACACUCCGGCUGUAGUGCUGGAGGAGAAGGAGAAUAGUAAUGAGGAUGAUGAUACACACAUUUCAGCUACUCCUAGUACUGAUACUGAUACUGAUACUACUACAAUUCAAAAAGUUGUUACACCCUCAACUGUAACUGCAACUGUACAUAUUCAAGAAGAACAAGAGAAGAAUCGCGAUGAUGGACAUCGUUCUGUCGACAACGAUGAAGAGGUAGACCAAGAUAUGGGAGACAAGUCUGAUUCAACUAUAACUGCGACUUCAACUACAACUACUGUAACCAAUCUUGUUAAUGGAGAAGAAUCAACGUCUCAUGAGACGAAUGCAAAUAGAAACACAAUGAUAUCUGGAUUAUCAACUUUAAUCAAUGUAUUAAAUGGAUCAACAGCUGCCCAAGUCUCUGCAGCAUUGGAUACACCUGUUUCCCCAACACCCGAACAACAAUCAAAUAUUGUAGAUGUUGAUGCAACUACUACUACUACUACUAGUACUACUAGUACAACAUCUACUACUAGUACUAGUAGUACAACCCCUACUACUUCUACUACAAAUACAAACGAUAAUAUUAUCAAUAAAACAACAACACCAAGAGUAAGACCAUCACCUAAACCAGCCAAACCACCAAAAUCAACAACACCACCAACAAUAUCAUUAGAGCCACCAAGAAUUGUUGGUAAAAAUACAUCAAACACCAUUCUAACACAUAGAGGUAGAAAGAGAACAUCAGAAGAGGACCCAUCAAGUACUGAUAUGGAUCUAUCGGCGUUUGCCUCUACCAUUCACACUGAAGUGAAUCGUCGUAAAAAGUCGGCAGAAGAAUUCCAAUUGCAUCCCGAUCGACUCUUGGAAUCACUACGAAAUGUCAUCUUUGGAUUCCAACAAACUACCACCUUUACAUUCCAAUCGUUUAAACAAAUGUGGGCUUCCGAUCCAGUCCUCUCUGCCUUUUUCGAAGCUCAACCUUAUCAACCCGAACUUGUUCACAUCCUUUACUAUGGUGUCAUUGGUUACACUCUUGUCAAUCAACCACUCAAUAGUAAAGCUGCUAUUAUUUAUUGUCUCUAUAUUAUCUAUUCUUUACAAAUUAUUGAAAAACCUUUAUCAAUCAUUAUUACUCAAAAUAUUUGGAAUUGUUUAUUGGAUUAUUAUAAUUCAUUUAAAUAUAAUCAAUUGGAUGAACCAUACCAUGUUUUUAGACAACUUCUUAAACUUUCAGCUUUUGAGUUUUCUGCUACACUCCAUCCUAUUUCCACGUUGCCAGUGUUCCGUACCAAUAGUACUAGGGGUGAAAUUCCUAAAUCGCUAAACAUUGCCAAACCAGAGUUUGAUCAAGAUAUCAAGAAUAUAUUUGAGGAUUACACCAUUAGAAAGUAUCAAAAAAUGUUGCAAUCAAAAACACCUGGUCUUCCAUAA